AUGAAGGAAUCACCCGAUUACACUCCAAUUAAUCAUGACGAUCCAAGGUCAAGUUCCGAGAUAGAAGAUGACUUUCUCAUCAGUAAAAACCACCCCACGCGUCAACAGCGCAGACGGUGCAUGCGACCAUUGCUCGCGAUAACCGCGGUGUUGGCACUCGCAGCAUACACAGCUAUUCUCGUAACCUUGACAUGGAGAAUGACAAGACAAAGUCGCCUUCACGGCACGCGGUUCCUCAAAUCUCCUGCGAAUGACUAUAUCACAUACGAACCGUAUGUAAUGGAGCAGUGGGAGCUUCCCGGGGAUAUUCAAUACUUUGCUAAGGUGGCAAGAUGCUCAAGUAUGAGCGUAGAUCAGAAUAUUGGAUUCUCGGCGGAGCUUAUGCAUGAACUCGGCCGGGAGGAAGAGGGCAUCAGAUUGCCGGACGGAACCUACUUCGGGUCGCUCAUGGUGUUUCACCAUCUUCAUUGCCUUAAAAACAUAUACCAUGCUUUGAACCCUUCCUACUACCACCUCGAUAAAUUGCAAGGCUCUGAGCUGGCCAUGCAUAAAGAGCACACUGAUCACUGUAUGCAUAUGCUCAUGGAUGCCGUCAUGUGUCAAGGAGACACGACGGUUCUCACCAUGAAAUGGGACGCCAAAGGAGCCCGACCAAUAGGGAACCUUAGCAGUCCACAUGAGUGUGUUAAUUGGGACAGGUUGAUGGAAUGGGUUGUUCCCAACUCCGUGGAUGUGUUUGCGGAUGGGAUGCUUGUUCACCCUACCUUUGGGCCUCUUUUCAAAGACGGAAAGCCCAGUGAUGGUUUCAAGGAUUCUAUAGCCAAGGCUGGCGCGGGGAAGGUGACUGGACUCGGUUGA